CAGACCAUUCCUGACCAGAUGCCGUGGCUGGGGCGGGGGCGGAACCAGCACAGAUUUCGAAGCACAGUACUAAACGAUGGUAAGCAAUGGCAGAAGGCCAGUGCCCUGGACAUAAACACUCGCACAUACAAUGUCAAUGUAGCCCCAUCAACAAAACCAGGGAAAUCGAAUCUCCCUAGCCUCCCAGUGCCUUGGACUCACGCAUACCAGCCGUCAAGCCGAUCAAUAGAAGAGGAGUAGGAAAUUCGUAUCGGAAUCGCCCACCUUUAAUUCUCAUUGCCUUUCACUGGCACAUACUCUGGCCUCGACCCAAAGAAGCUGCGUUAGAAAAUCGAAUCGCCCAAGCUUCAUAGUGACUUGGACCCAAACACUAGCCCUCAACCCUUUCAACAGAAGCCGAGUAGGAACAUGGAAUCGCCCUAGCUUCUCAGCGCCUUGGCAGGCCGAGAUGGUAGCACAGACUUGGACGUGAUAAACAGUUACUGACGCUGGUCGGUUGUGCCAGGGACGUACUCGUCAGGUUUAGUUCAGGCGCAUUCUGCAAGGGUCGCGUGCAGCCAGUGCUGAAACUUGUUCACAGCGAGGCUACGAGCUGCUUUGCUUUCGCGUUCCAACGACCAGUCGCUGAGUCAGUGAUCGUCGAUUGUCCUGGCAGUCCUCUGCUGUAGUGCAGCACUCUGUAUAGAGGAUUGGCGUUCAGGCUGCAAAGCGGAAACACGCUGUGUACGUUUCUUGAUCAGCACGCGCACACGACGCCAGACUGGGAUAGCCUGAGCACCCGACCAACAGCUCUUGAAGUACUACUGCAGUCGCUAACCUAACGCUGUCACCCGUUCGUGCCCGAGGUCCUGACGAACCCCAGCUCAUGGUUGUGCACACUACCACAAGGACAACUCUAGGCGUUAGCAAGCUAGAGUGUGAGGACCGACAGACCAUCCGCGUGUGUGUGUGUGUGUGUGUGUGUGUGUGUGUGUGUGUGUGUUGGGAGAUAGUCCGCUUCCAAUAAUAUAACGGCGUGUGGUUCUCUAACGUUUCAGUUAUCACCUGAACCCGAACGGUGCUACAUGGUGCUGAGUUCGUCUGAGUUCGCUACUCCUCUCCGUGGAGUCAACUGGAUUUUGAGUGCGGACCAGCUGGGGCAGACGACAGGGUCACACCUCGGUGGACGUGGAAAGCGCCGACGUCUAUCCCGGUGCCCCAGGGAGGCAGUGGCGCGUCGACUCGUGGAUUUCGCAGAUAAGCUUGCAUCUGGACUUGACUUCCCGCUUGCUCCUAUUGGAUGUUGAAGACCUGGCUUUGUGAGGUGAACGUAUUGGCUCUUCUCUUCUCGCCUUGCACACACUGACAAGCUGACAGAACCGAGCGGAGCACGGAUGCCAUCAUGUCGAAGGAGACGGAACGCAAGAGCGGCGAGCGUCGCCACUCGCGGAAACAGAGCAAGAGGCAGUCGCUCAACGACCUGUUCACUGCACUACAUGACAGAACAGCCAGCAGUCCAGAAGCAAAACCUCAGCCGCCGUCCGUGGUCGUCACUCGACCUCGCAAACCGCACGAGCAACGUCGGCACCAGGAGGACAGGGAUUUGUCAGUGCCCUCGCACGGCCACACGAACGGCAGUCUUGAGGCGGCCGCGAGAGCAUCGCCUGAAAAGCGGCGUCCACAGCAGCAGCAGCCGGCGGCGGCCAAGCGCCAGACCCUGUGCGUGGACUCGCUGUGCGUCGUUCCCAUGGUGUCGCCAAUGCCGUCGCCGCGUCUCUCGCGUCGCCAUAGCAACGGUGACCCGAUGACGUCGUCCCUGGCGGAGCGGAUAUCGCCGGAGGAGCUCGACUCUAGCUUGGCCGUUGUGAGUCUUCAUCCUCGGACGGCGCCGUUGUCGGGUAUUUCCACGCCCACUACCAGCAUCGGCUCAGGCGGUGUUUCUACGGCCGAACUCGAUGCGGCACUGCAUCACACGGUGGCCGAAGAGCGGAACUCCAGUCGUGACCCAUACCCGAAGGGUGGUAGUGGUGGUGGUGGAGUAGAUGGUAGUGUGAUGCCGAGCGCAUCCGGGCAUGAGCUGCGACGCCGAGAGAGGCCACCGCAGGUACGGCGCACUCAUAGCGAUCACGCACUGCUCGGUGCUCCCGGCAGCACCGGCAGGGAUGGCACGGCGGCCCUCGGUCCCGGACAGCGAGCGUCCGCAGCCGCAGGCGCCGGUUCCGGCACGCACCUGAGCGCGUUUGGCCAGCGCGCCCGCCGGUUUGCUCGCUCGCCUUCUCCAAUGCGUCGUCGUGUUCCCGAGACGUCGCCCAGUGAGGAUGGUGUACGUCCGCAGGCUGCCUUGCUGCUCGGCUCAAGCGAAGCAAGGAGACAGUCAGGCACGGGCCCUUGGUCACCGCCACUACGGAGAUUCUCGCACGGUCAGGACACGCGGGAGAAGGCCAAUGUGCCUGGAAGCAACGGUGUGCAACGCGACCUGUAUUCCAACACCACCACUACUAAUCAUGUAGCGGUAUCGUGCGUUGCUGGGUCCGGGAAUGAGAGCAGCGGAAGCAGCGGACACGCACGUCGCCCUCGGUCUCCGUUGCCACGGAGACGACUCGCCCAAUCGGACCCAAUCCCCCACGCGCCGACGAGCUCUUACGAGGAUGUCGCGCAUCCCGAUCGCGCAUACGGUGGUGACGCCGCGACAAUGUCUGAUACGGGCGAUGGAGCUGCUGUCAGAGGCUGGGCAUCUCCCACUGCUCAUCAGAUGUAUCGCACACGCAAGUCCAUGCCGAGCAGUCCUGUUGGCUCCCAGGUGAUGAUCGACCGAGAGUCCCAGGGGGAAAUCCCCGUUAUGACGUCAUCGUCGUCACUGUCGUCGUCAUCGUCGUCGGCGCAAACCGACCCGGGGUCCGACGACCGCGGCGAGGCACAAGUUGCCGACAGCGGCGAGCAAAUGCAGACGUCGGAGCGGCACAGUAUACACCCGGACGUGGUGCACAUGGCGAUGGGCGUGCGCGCCCGCACCACCCGCAGCACACCCACUCCGCCGCUCGUCUCCUCCAGGCAGUCACAGCCGCUGACGGGGAGCUUUCGGCACGGCGACAGGAGCGUAACGCCGGGCGACGCGACCCGAAUGGCGGUGCCGGUGAUCGUGCUUCGCCAUGACGACGAGGACGACGUGGAAAUCCACCGCGCUGCCGACACCCACGCUACUGCUACUGACUAUGGAGUUGUGGGUGACGAGCCAAGUCGUGACAACGCCGGCGAAGACGAUGUGGUCACAGAGGACAACGAGAGCACGUUAGCAAGCGCAGGCAGGGCAUUUCAGACUGUGAACUAUCUGGAUGCGGAGGCUGGAGAGCUAUCAAUGUUAGGUGACAACGACGAUGAUCGGCUUACGCAGCUGAAAACGGUAACAUCAGCGGUUGGAGGUUCAUCACGGCCUUUCUCCAGGCCCUCAUCCCGACCCUCAUCCCGUCCGACGUCCCGGCCAUCAUCCCGACCUUCAUCUCGCCCUUCUUCUCGCCCUUCUUCUCGACCUGUGUCAAGAUCUGCGUCGCCCGUAGCUCUCGAUGCGCCAGCAUCAGCCACGCCUGCGUCAUUCAGCCAAGCUGCAUCAGAUAAUCCGCCUAUCGAAGCCGACUCCUCCGACGAUGAGAUGGUGGCGUCUGCGGAGCGUAAGGCAUCGCUAGGGGAGAUGGCAGAGGCGCUGGUGUCGGGCGCGGCGCAAAGAGCGGGCGAAGUUGACGUCAUCGACCCGGACGACAGCUUCUACUGCACGUGGCUGGGAGUCGUGACUGUCGCUGUCUUCUACAACAUCUGGAUGGUGCUGAUGCGCAUAACCUUCUCGGAGCUCAGAGACGAUGCGUUCAUCGAUGGCCUCUUCUUCGCACUGGACAUGCUGACGGACGUGAUCUUCUUUGCGGACAUACUCGUUCACUUCCACAUCACCUACUUGGAAGACGGCAUAAAGGUCACUGAUCGCAAGAAGCUACGAGAGAACUACAUGUCGAACGGCGCCUUCAUGUAUGACAUCAUUGCGGUGCUCCCCAUCCACUGCCUGAUGUAUCUCAGUACCGACCGUGUCACAUAUCUGUAUUCACGGAUGAUUAAUCAUGUCAAGCUGCACGUCGCCUUCAAGUUCUUUGACAUGGUUGAUGGGCGCACCAGCUUCGUGAAUGCGUUCCGUGCCGUCAAGAUGUCCUCCAUGAUAGCCAGCGCCAUACACAGCACGGCAUGCCUCUACUACAUGGUGUCCGAGUUUGAAGGUUUCGGCAGCACUUCCUGGACAUACCCAGAGCUCUCUGGAGAAGACAGCCUGCUUUCAAGGAAGUACAUCCGCUGUGUGUAUUGGUCUAUGAUGACGCUGACGACGAUUGGAGAGAACUCCGUUCCAGAGACCAACACUGAAUACAUCUUCACUGGUUUUCUGUUCCUAGUCGGUGUCAUGAUCUUCGCCGCCGUCGUCGGUAACGUCAACGAUGUCAUCGCCAACACCAACGCGGCGCGUGCCGACUUCCAGUCUCGCAUCGACAGCAUAAAGCAGUACAUGCAUCAUCGCAGCGUGCCGGAGCCUCUGCAGCACCGCGUCAAGCGCUGGUUCAACUACUCCUGGUCAAGAACGCAAGCUCUCGAUGAAGCCACGCUGCUGGGUAUGUUACCGGACUCUCUGCGUGCCGAAAUCGCCGUGCACAUCCACAUGGAUACGCUGAGCAAGGUGAAAAUCUUUCAGAAUUUCGAGACGCACGUGCUGAAGGAACUGGUCCUGAAGCUGCGCUCGCAGAUCUUUUCGCCCGGUGACUUCAUCAUUCGACAGGGAGAUGUUGGUCGUGAAAUGUUCAUAAUCAAGCACGGAAAAGUCAAGGUACGCAAACGGGAACACGGCACUGUACCGAUUUUCCCCCUAAAGCGGGAUUCACAGAAGCUUUUUUUGCGAUGCGACACGCGAUGCGACGCGAUCUGCGAUGGACGCGUGCGAUGCGAACUCGCGAAAUACCAUUCACAGAAGAAGUCAGCGUUGCGACAAAGUCUUGCUGAUUUGGGUACGUCACCAUGGUAUUCGUGCGGUUUGGUACAACUUGUACAAAUUUAUAGGCAACUCUUGAACCUUUGUACAACUUUGCUGUAGAAAAGGCCAACAUCGUACGCCAAAUCGCUUGUCGCAUCGCAGAAGUUGAGCCAAGCUCAACUUCCGCGAUGGCCCUGUUGCGGCAGUUGCGUGGGGUCUGCGAUGGUUGCGAUUUGGGGAUUUCCCGGUUUCGCGGCUGUCGCAUCGCGUGUCGCAUCGCAAAAAAGCUUUUGUGAAUCCCGCUUUAUACCGUAAAUUGCCGCCCCCUGUCGAUUUUCUGUCUAUGAAGCGACCUCGGCGUAUUCAACGAAAUACGAUGUUGAACCGACACAUGCACUGCUGUACACAAUACGUGCCAGUGCAGGGUGAACAUGUGCAUAAUUCAACACAUCGAGUCUGAUCCUCCACGUUGUUGUGCAUCGUACUGCACUUGACAGCUUUGAUCUAAUUCCCGCCCCCUGCCGAAAGCCCAGCUGGGAAGCGACAUGGC